AUGGGCCAAAAGAUGGUGGUGUAUGUACCACACAUGGUGGUAACUGUUCUAGAACAAAAGGGGGGUCAUUGGCUGUCCCCCAGCAGAAUGCUAAAAUAUCAGGUUGUCUUGCCAGAGCAGGAUGAUGUGGAACUAAAAACCACAACCAUCGUAAAUCCAGCAAUGUUCCUGUCAACGAAAAAUCCAACAGAAAAUCUAGAACAUGACUGCCUGCUAACUGUUGAACAAGUCUAUUCCAGCAGACCGGACCUGAGGGAUGAGCCUCUGGAAAAUCCUGAUUUCGAAUUGUUCACGGAUGGAAGCAGCUUUGUGAAAGAAGAAAGACGAACGGCCGGAUACGCUGUUGUCACCACCACCGAGGUACUGGAGUCAGGAACGCUACCUGCAAAUACCUCGGCACAGAAAGCAGAACUGGUGGCAUUGAGGCAAGCCUUGCGAAUGGCAGAAGAAAAAAGGGUAAAUAUAUGGACUGACUCUAAAUAUGCAUUUGGUGUAAUUCAUGCUCAUGAAGCCAUCUGGAAAGAAAGAGGACUGCUCUCAGCCCAAGGUUCAUCGAUAAAACAUAAAGAAAAAAUCCUUCAGCUCCUCGAAGAGGCGCAGAAACCAAAGAAAGUGGCAGUGAUGCACUGCAAGGCUCAUCAAUUUGGUCGGACAACUAUAAACAUAAGUAAUCGAUUGGCAGACAAAACAACAAAAGAGACUGCUAAACAAAGAAAAACACUUGAAGCACUCCGAAAAUACAUUGUGCUGACCAAAUCGCUUGCUUUGGAUACCCCUGUGCAUCAGUAUCAACCAGGUGAUUUCAUGUACAUAAGAACUUGGAACUCUGAACCACUGCAAAAAAAGUGGAAAGAACCUUUUCAGCUUCUGUCUUCUGUUGUUCUGAAAACUGCUGUGUCGUCAUUGGUUCCCGAUCUUUGUAAUAUUAGUAUCAACCUCCUGCCUCCAUCUCGGUGUGGGUGGAGGAUCCAUUGCCGUUCGUUACUCCUGUGCCGUGGCAGUGCCUCUGCCAGCCCAACGCUGACCUCUAGUGAGUACAGGGCUACGUUGCAAGUUCGACAUGAAGAUCAAGGCUCUUGGGAGAUCAGAGAAUCCCAGGAACAACCUGCAAAAAAGGCUUGGGACCAAAGGGCACUAGUAACAUCCCCCCAUCGGGCUGAAGGAAGGGACGCAAAGGAAAACAGCAAGUGGAAGCGAGUCCGCAAUCGGGGCAGGAGGCGAACCCUUCCCUUGCCCAUCACAUCUCCACAGGUGCCUCUGCAUAAUAGGUAUGAGGCUCUAGAUGUGGAGGACAAGGCAAUGGAUGGUGCAGGGGUUGACCCAUCCACAUCGGAGGAGGCACAAAGAUCAGAAGGACCUCCCUCUCGUAUCACUACCAGCUACACAAGGAGGAAGAGACGAGUCAUAGUUGUAGGAGACUCCCAGCUGAGGGGAACAGAGGGUCCGAUAUGCCGGUGCAUUGUGAAAUGUUUGCAAGCGAGAGCUCUCCUGAAUACAGACAAUUCAGUCAAAGAACAGUCUCUGAGUUCUUUGGAGCGAACUAUCACAGUCAAGUUCAGUGCUGGUGGUAAGGUCACCACAGAGAUGGUCUUAAAUGACAGUGUCAUGAACUUGCCAACGGAUUCUUGCCAGCUUGCUGGUGUUCUGGCCAAACCCUUCAACAUGAUGGACAGGACAAGUACAGAUGAAGCCUUUGCCCUAUUGCAGCUAGAGAACGGUUGA